CUCGAAGUCUGCGAGGCCUCGGUGGGCGCUGAGAGCCUAGCGCCACAGCCCGCGCGACUCGCCGAGCCCGGCCCGCCCCGGGGUCUAUGGGGCCGCUCCUCUGCUGCGCCGCCCGGCCGGCCCCACGCCGUGCCCGGAGCCUGACCCGUGGCCAGAAUUUACACCCCAGGUUCUGCUCCACGGCGGGGUGUAGAAGUCACACUCAGGCUCUGCCCCACCUCCGGAGUGUUGAAUCAACUUUCAACAUCCCGUCCCGUUCCCGGGGCCCCAAGAGGCGAGGCUCGUCCCCCAACCCCAGACCCCUGAGUCUCCGGGCCCCGCUGACGCCCCCUCCGCGCCGCCCGCCCAGCCUGCAGGCGCAGCGCAAGGAGAAGUCCCGUAACGCGGCGCGCUCGCGGCGCGGAAAGGAGAACCUGGAGUUCUUCGAGCUGGCCAAGCUACUCCCGCUGCCCGGAGCCAUCUCCAGCCAGCUGGACAAGGCGUCCAUAGUGCGCCUCAGCGUCACCUACCUCCGCCUGCGCCGCUUCGCCGCUCUCGGGGCGCCACCCUGGGGGUUGAGAUCCGCGGGGCCUCAGGCUGGCCUAGCCCCAGGCCGCAGGGGCCCCGUGGCGCUGGUCUCCGAAGUCUUUGAGCAGCACCUGGGAGGACACAUCCUGCAGUCCCUGGACGGCUUCGUGUUUGCCUUGAACCAGGAAGGGAAGUUCCUCUACAUCUCAGAGACAGUCUCCAUUUAUCUGGGUCUCUCACAGGUGGAGCUGACGGGCAGCAGCCUCUUCGACUACAUUCAUCCGGGGGACCACUCCGAGGUGUUGGAACAACUGGGGUUGCGGGCCCCGACCCCCGGGCCCCCCACCCCGCCCUCCGUCCCCUCCUCUUCCUCCUCCUCCUCCUCGUCCUCCUCGCUUGCGGAUACCCCUGAGAUCGAGGCCAGCCCCACCGAGGUGCCCCCCUCCUCCCGCGUCCAGGAGCGCUCCUUCUUCAUCCGCAUGAAAUCCACCCUCACCAAGAGGGGGCUGCACGUCAAGGCCUCAGGGUACAAGGUCAUCCAUGUGACCGGUCGCCUUCGGGCCCGCGCCCUGGGCCUUGUGGCCCUUGGCCACACGUUGCCCCCGGCCCCACUGGCUGAGCUGCCGCUGCACGGACACAUGAUCGUCUUCCGACUCAGCCUGGGUCUCACCAUCCUUGCUUGUGAGAGCAGAGUCAGCGACCACAUGGACCUGGGGCCCUCGGAGCUAGUGGGCCGCAGCUGCUACCAGUUUGUCCAUGGACAGGAUGCAACCAGGAUCCGCCAAAGCCACCUGGACCUGCUGGACAAGGGCCAGGUGAUGACCGGUUACUACCGUUGGCUGCAGCGCGCCGGGGGCUUCGUGUGGCUGCAGUCCGUGGCCACCGUGGCCAUGAGCGGGAAGAGCCCUGGAGAGCGCCAUGUGCUCUGGGUCAGCUACGUGCUCAGUCAAGCCGAGGGGGGCCAGAUACCUCUGGACGCCUUCCAGCUUCCGGCCAGCGUGGCCCAUGAGGACACGUCCAGCCCGGAGCCAGCACCCACAGUGUCAGAGCCUCCAGUGGAAGGAAAGCAGGCCGUCCCCCCGCAGGAGGACAAGGCCCCCCAGCCCCGGGGCAAACCCAUCAAAGUGGAGCCCGGCCCGGGGGAGACUGAAGACCCGGAGGACAGUGGGGAUGAGAAGCCGUCUGGCCACCUGGCCCCAACGAGGCCCGAGUUCACGUCGGUCAUCCGGGCUGGGGCCCUGAAGCAGGACCUGGUGGGGCCGUGGGGCCUGGCGCCUCCUGGGGACCCCCCACCUUCCCUCCUGCACACUGGCUUCCUGCCCCCCGUGGUGCGGGGCCUGUGCGCGCCUGGCACCAUCCGCUACGGCCCUGCUGAGCUGGGCCUCGUGUACCCGCACCUGCAGAGGCUGGGCCCAGGCCCCCCCCUCCCCGAGGCCUUCUACCCCGCGCUGGGCCUGCCCUACCCGGGGCCCCUGGGCACCAGGGUGCAGCGGAAGGGGGACUGAGGACUGGAACAGCCCCCAACGUGGCCGGACCUGGGGGAUGGGUGGGGACCAGGGCUCUCAGCCCCAGUGAAUUAAACGCCUGCUCCCGCUCUGUGGCUCCUCUCUGGGGUCAAGGA